GUGCUCUGCCGAGACCCGAGUGUGCUACAGCGACUCGCGGAGAGGACGAGUAUUCGCCAGUGAGAACGCGGGCUUUCUCGUGGCUGCAUCAUGUGGCUACGGACAUCGCUGCUGCUCUGUGUCGCGGUCGCGCUAUGCCGGUCGAUGGUCCAGCUGACGCUUGGAAGCGAAAUCGCCGCGAACCGGGCUCUCAAUCAUGACACGCCGCGAAGCAGCAAAUACAAAUACGAGACCAAGACGUUCGACGUGCGCGUGGAUCACUUCAGCUUUGCCGUACAGGACACUUUCAAAUUGCGAUAUCUCGUAAACGACACUUGGCGAAAAACGCAAAAUGCCCCUAUAUUCUUCUACACCGGAAAUGAAGGCAGUAUCGAAGUUUUCGCAGAGAAUACGGGUUUCAUAUGGGACAUCGCACCACAGUUCGGCGCAUUGGUAAUAUUCGCCGAGCACCGUUACUACGGUGAAUCGCUGCCCUAUGGGAACCGGUCCUUCACGGAUCCGCAACAUCUCGGCUAUCUAACGUCCCAGCAAGCUCUAGUCGAUUACGUGGAGCUAAUCGAUCAUUUGAAAUCGCAACCGGGAUAUGAGCGCAGCCCAGUCAUAGCUUUCGGUGGCUCGUACGGCGGUAUGCUCAGCGCUUGGAUACGCAUGAAGUAUCCCCACAUUGUUCAGGGCGCGAUUGCGGCCUCCGCGCCGAUUCUGCAGUUCACCGGCGUCGUGGAUUGCGGGGCAUUCGCUCGGAUAGCAACGUCGGAUUAUCGUGUAGCGAAUCCAACGUGCCCGCAACUUAUCCGGAACGCGUGGAGCACGAUAACGAAUGUGACUUCGAACGACGAGGGCAAAAAAUGGCUGUCGGACAAUUGGAGGCUGUGCGAGCCGCUGAAAACCGCGGAGAAUGUCAAGACGCUGAAAGAUUUUUUGCAGAAUAUCUACAUCAAUCUGGCCAUGGUCAACUAUCCAUACGAGGCUAACUUCUUAGCGCCGCUACCCGGCAAUCCGAUUAAUGUUUUCUGUCAACACCUGACAAACGCGUCAUUAACGGGAAAACCGCUGUUAUCGGCGCUUUACCGAGCUGUCAGCGUUUAUACGAACUACACCAGGAAGGCGAGCUGCAUCUCCAUGAAGAAUGCGGAGCCGGGCUUGGACGCCGAUCAGGGAUGGAAUUAUCAGGCGUGCACAGAAAUGGUGAUGCCGAUGUGCACCGAUGGCGUCAACGAUAUGUUCGAGCCGGAGGCGUGGAACCUCGCAGAUUAUAACAACACCUGUUUCAAGAAAUAUUCCGUAUCGCCGCAACCUUAUUUGGUUUGCGAGCAAUACGGCUGUAAGAAUUUUAUCAAUGUAUCUAACAUCAUUUUCAGCAACGGAUUGCUGGAUCCGUGGACGAGCGGAGGUGUGCUGCGCAAUUUAUCCGAGUCGGCGAUUGCGAUAGUGAUCCCGGAUGCCGCGCAUCAUCUCGACUUACGAGAGAGUAACAGUAACGAUCCGUACAGCGUUGUCUUGACGCGCAAGUUCCAUCAAUUUACGAUUCACAAGUGGAUCCAGGAAUAUAUCCAGGAUCAUAGAAUAGAGGAGACUUUUUAAGUUCGACGCGACGAAAGGUGAAGUAGUUUACUGGGAUUAUCGGGAAUAACGCCUGGUCGAAAUUUAUCUUCUUUAUUUCUCAAAUUAAAAAUACAAAAACAGGACACAUACGUCGCGACAACAAUAAAUACUCAAGCGCUGCCGUGGACCGGCUACUUUAUAACGCUGAACAAAGCGUUGACGAAAACUCAAUCGAAAACAUGCGCGAAAGCAUUUUCGGUGUAUCACAGUAAUAAAUAAUAAAUGCACAUACCUCGUCGGGUAUUCUAAAAGAUCUACAAGAGAGAGAGUAUAAAACGUAUUCGGACAAUGCGAAAGUUCAAAAAUAUAGGCGUUCAAAGAACGUCCGACCUUCCCGGACGUUUCUCGCGAUAUAUUUUUCAGACGUUCGCACUGUCUCUAAAAUCCUUCGUCACGAAUCUAAUAUCACUAUAGCACAUAAAAAUGGCUACUUCGUCAAAUAAAACCUCGUAACUCUAACGCGAUUAUUUGACACUGAUACUCGACAUUAAUUAUAAAUAUAUGCGCCGUAUUACUUCUAGCUUUUUAUUUACGUAAUUUCUUAUGCCAAGUUUGUCCGAAGGAAUCAUGUAGGGAGUGAGUACAAGCGAACAAAGCUACCGAAGAAUAUACGAAUUUCUAAAUGUAGAAGAAAUUUAUCUUUAAGAGAACGUCGUAUUUUAAACCGAAUCUAUAAAUAUCAUGUAAAUACGAUGUCAUGAUUUUUUUUUUAUAUACGUCGAUUCUCCGAAAUUUUCAAAUCUUUCUCGUUCCACAGGUACAGCAUUGUUUCUUUUCACACUUUUCUAAAUGGACUCGUAUUAUUUUCUACAUUACCAGAGCGAUCUCUUUCGAAUAUUAUUAACACGAAAAUGUAUUUCCGAUAAUAUUUUAACACACGAUUUGUAAAUGCGUUGGAAUGCUCUUUCUAUAUUAUAUUAUAAAUAAAAAAUUAAAUACUCUUGGA